CUGUAUUUAAUACAAAUUUUUUGCACACCCUGUACAUUAUGUUUAUGUGUUUGGAAUUUUAACAAAAACUACUUCUUUUGCAAUUUAUUAACUGAAAUAAACAUUGAUUUUUGAGGAUUUUUAUGUGUAAUUAAAGUAGAAAAACGAAGGUGAUGGGGUUCAGAUCUUUAAUUUUAAAAACACCGAAAAAAUGUAAUAUAUUUUAUGGUGCGUUUUGUACAAAUUCCGCUGAAAUAAUACAUAAAAAUGAGGACAAUUUAAAAGAAUGGAAAAAAGAAUUGCACGCAACAAUGAAAGUAUUUCCGAAUUUUAUCAGCGAAGACGAGGAAAAUUCGAUUCUCAAAGAAAUGGAACCUUAUUUAAAACGUUUACGUUAUGAAUUUUCCCACUGGGAUAACGCAAUUCAUGGAUAUCGUGAAACAGAACGUUCUCAAUGGAACGAAGAGAAUUUGAGGAUAAUUGACAAAAUUCGAAAUAAAGCCUUUCCACCAGGAACACCUCAACUUGCUUACGUUCACGUUCUCGAUUUAACCGCCGAAGGAUGGAUUAAACCUCACGUCGACAGUGUUCGGUUUUGUGGCGAUAUUAUUGCCGGUAUCAGUUUAUUGAGUAAUUGCGUUAUGCGUCUCACGUCCGUGGAAAGUGAAGAUCAUAAGGAGGAUUUUCUUCUCCCAAGAAGAUCUCUUUACAUAAUGAGUGGAGUCGCAAGGAAUAAAUACAACCACGAGGUGCUAAAAGAUGCAGAUUCUUUCUUUAAAGGUGAAAAAGUCCCUCGAGAAAGACGCAUUUCCGUGAUUUGUCGCUGUGAACCAAAUCCUCGCGAAGAUUAGCACAAAAGAAUUUAAUACCCAUUUUUCUGUACAUAACUAAUUUUUAUGUAAAUAAAUAUCCAAUUUUUA